AAUUUGUAAGAAUAAUCCUUGUUCUGGCCCCUCCGAACGCCGCGCGCCGGCAUCAUCGUCACUUGCUGUUGACCACGACCACGACGCACUCAGAACACUUCUGAUUGCUCGAUUCUACCCGCCCACCGCCGAUCUACGCGGACGGACGACGAGAUCAUCAUUACAUGGACGUUCUCGACGAGAAGACCAACGGCGCACCACCUAUGGAUGUCGACAACGAUAUCGUCUCUGUUCGGGAUGAGGUCGCUUUCGCCGCGAAACACCUUCCUGAUCUCGGACAAGAUGUCAAGGACUUCAAGGCCUAUCAUUGGCCACUCAAGAACUGGAAGAAGCUGGACAAGAAGAUAACCAGCGAGGAGUUCGAGUGCGGCGGCCAUAGCUGGCGCAUACUCCUCUUUCCCUUCGGUAACUCCAAUGCGCCACCAAACGACACCGUCUCUGUUUAUCUCGACUAUGCUGAGCCGAAGAAGGCGCCCGAAGGCUGGCACGCCUGCGCACAGUUCGCGCUCGUCAUCUCCAAUAUUCACGAUCCGACGAUCUACACCGUCAGCCACGCGCACCAUCGAUUCAUCGCUGAGGAGUGCGACUGGGGAUUCACCCGCUUCAGCGAGCUGCGCAAACUCUUCAAUGUGCAAGAAGGCCAUUCCCGACCCAUUAUUGAGGAGGAAUCUGCGAUGGUCAGCGUCUUCGUACGCGUUCUAGAAGAUCCGACUGGGGUGCUAUGGCACAAUUUUGUGAACUACGACUCCAAGAAGGAGACGGGCUUUGUCGGCCUGAAGAACCAGGGUGCAACAUGCUACAUGAACUCCCUCCUUCAGUCAUUAUAUUGUACCAACUACUUCAGAAAGGCUGUGUACCAAAUUCCCACAGAGGAAGAUCACCCGACCGAAAGCGUCGCCCUGGCAUUACAAAGAGUGUUCUACCACCUACAAACGUCCGAUCAACCAGUCGGUACGACGGAAUUGACGAAGUCAUUCGGCUGGAAGUCGUUAGACUCCUUCCUACAACACGAUGUCCAGGAGUUCAAUCGAGUACUUCAGGACAAGCUCGAGUCCAAGAUGAAGGGCACCAAAGCGGAAGGCGCCAUCGCGAAGCUCUUCACCGGGAAGAUGAAGAGCUUCAUCAAGUGCGUGAACGUAGACUACGAAUCCUCACGGACGGAAGAUUUCAACGAUCUCCAGCUCAACGUCAAGGGUAUGAAGAACUUGUACGAGUCCUUCAAGGAUUACAUUCAAGUCGAGACUCUGGAUGGCGAGAACAAAUACCAGGCUGAGGGCUACGGCUUGCAAGACGCCAAGAAGGGCAUCACUUUCCUCUCCUUCCCUCCUGUACUCCACCUUCAGCUGAAGCGCUUUGAGUAUGACAUUCAGCGCGACGCUAUGGUCAAGAUCAACGAUCGCCAUGAAUUUCCCUUCGAGAUCGACCUCGCGCCGUUCUUAGACGAGAGCGCAGACAAGUCACAAUCUUGGGUCUACUCCCUCUGCGGCGUCCUGGUGCACUCUGGCGAUCUUCACGGCGGCCACUACUUCGCGCUCAUCAAGCCUGACAAGCACACCCGCUGGCUGAAAUUCGAUGACGACCGUGUCACGCCUGUCACCGACAAGGAGGUGCUUGAAGAAAACUACGGCGGCGAGGUCAUGAACGGCACAACGCCCGCCAUGCAGCGCAACCAGGUGCGCACCAUGAAGCGUUUCACGAACGCGUACAUGUUGGUGUACAUCCGCCAAGCCGUCGUGGACGAGAUUCUCGCUCCUUUCACGGAGGAAGACACGCCCGCCCACCUCAAGCGCAGAUUGGAUGAGGAGCGUAUGCAGAUUGAGGCGAAGAAACGCGAACGGGAAGAACAACAUCUCUAUCUGACGGCCAAGGUCAUUACGGAUGACACGUUCGCGAAGCACGAGGGCUUUGACCUGGCGACCUUCGACGACAAGAACUGGCCGCCAUCGGAUCUGCCCACUUUCCGGGUCCUGAAGCAGGAAACGUACGCGACGUUCAAAGAACGUGUCGCGAAGCACUUCGGGUACCCGGUAGACCGCAUACGACUAUGGGUCCUCGUCAACCGGCAGAACAAGACCGUUCGCCCAGACGCCAUCAUCCCCGACAACGAGCCUGCAUGGACGGUCGAAAUUAUCCGCAACCAGCUGGCUGCGCGGACAACAGACCUCCGGCUGUACCUCGACGUCCUCCCCGACCCUCCCAAGCCCGAACCGGCGCCACAAACGACCAUCAUGAUCUUCCUCAAGCACUUCGACACGUCGCGGCAAACGUUGUACGGUGCCGGGAAGGCCCACAUGUUGCGCACGGCGAAGGUAGCGGACCUUGUCCCCAUUAUCAACGAGCGGAUGCGCUGGCAACCCGGCACGCCGCUCAAGCUAUACGAGGAGAUCAAGCCGGGGAUGAUCGAGCUCAUGAAGCCGCGGUCGACGUUCACGCAGAGCGAGAUCCAGGACGGCGACGUCAUCUGCUUCCAGGUGGACAUUCCUGACAAUGAGAUCCGCGAUCUGGAGAGCCAGGGGCUGUAUUCCAACCCGAUGCAGUACUAUGACUUCUUGCAAAACCGCGUGAUGAUCAUCUUCAGGCCCAAGUACGAGGAGCCUGACCAUGACCAUCCGGAGUUCCACCUCGUCUUCAGCAAGAAGCAGAACUACGAUGUGAUGUCGCAGAAGGUCGGCGAGCAUUUGCGCCAUGACCCCAUCAAGCUCCGCUUCACCACCACCCAUCCUUCAAACGGCUCGCCGAAAGCCAUCUUGAAGCGCUCCCUGAACCAGAGCAUCAGCGAGAUCAUGCAGCCCUCCUACGUCUCCUCCACAACCACCGUCAUCCUCUACGAGAAGCUGGACGUCUCCAUCGUCGAGCUCGAGACGAAGCGAAGUCUCAAGAUCAUCUGGACCGGCAUACACAACAAGGAGGAGGCGUCCUUCCCCUUCCUGCUGCCAAAGACGAGCGCGGUGCACGAGCUUGCAGAGCAUCUGGCGAAGCAGGUCACGCUGACGCCGACCGGGACGGGCAAAAUCCGCAUCUUCGAGAUCUCGAAGGACUACAAGACGCAACGGGAGUUCACUGGGUCGGAGAUGAUUGGGAACAUCCCGGAUCCGGUCGAGUUGUAUGCGGAGGAGAUCCCGAGGGACGAGCUCGAGGCGAGCGAGGACGACAAGGUCAUUGGCGUCUUCCACUUCUCGAAGGACUUGUCACGGACACAUGGCGUGCCGUUCCGGUUUGUGGUCAAGCGGGGCGAGAAGUUCGCGGAUACCAAGAAGCGCUUGCAAGCACGAAUAGGUGUCCCGGAUAAGGAGUUCGCCAAGUACCGCUUCGCGCUCAUCCAAGCAUCGACGUUCAAGCAACCAUCAUAUAUCGAGGAUGACGACACGAUCUACGACCACCAGUUCGCACCAGAAGACGUGCUCGGCUUGGACCACGUCGACAAGACCGGGCGCGCGCGAGCAGGCAUGGCGGAGAAGGCGAUUGUGAUCAAGGGCUGAAGGGAAGACGUUGGUCGCCGUUGUUGUUGUACACUACUGCAUUGCUUCGAUAUGUGUUCUGCCACCAUUGUUAUAUUCCACUUCGAUUCUCGGACUCGGCA